GAGAGAGAGAAAAAGAAACGUUAGAGGUAAGAACGUGGUCAACGGUCUGUUGUUGGCCGUCUCUGCGGGAUCUGUCUUACGUGCCGCGUAUUUUCACUCCUCUGGAAGCCACACUGUAAAACACGAUAACAGUUGUGCACCCACUUAGGUGUGUUUACAGCACAACAUCGCCUUUUUGGUUGUUUGUCCGAGCCGCGCACGGGGCGGUGGUUAAACCCACGAAGACGGUUGCACGUAUUUCUAGCUCGUAUGUAUCGCAUCUCUUGCGCCGCGCCGACGGGCUCGCCGGGUGCGUCGCACCUCGUGCAAACUGCGGCGUCGUGCCGCAUGUUUGCGACGUCGUCUGCGCUGCUUCAGCUGCAGCACAAGGACCGCAUUUACGGCUCCCACGGCGCCGGUCUCGUGAAGCACGAGUCGAUGGCCACCAAAGACUUGCGCAACACGUUUGCGCGCAACGUCGUAAACGCCGCCCCAGCGGCCGAUCUCUUCCGCAGCAAAGUGCACGAAGGCCUCGGCACCAGUGAUAAAGAUCCGUACUCGCGUACGCUGCCGAACCAGGAGUCGCGUGCGCCAGAGAGCUCCGUACUGCGCUCCGCCGCGGUCAGCGCCCCGUCGUUGGAGGAGCGGCUGCGCCUGGACAGGAAAUGGGGCACGCUGCAGUACUGGUUGGGCGACCAGUACCCCCGGCUGCCCGUUUUCGUGGAGCAGCUCCUCGUCACGGACGCCCCGCCGGUAUCGCCGGCGGCAGAUCGCAUGGUGCAGAGCUUUGCCGCAGAGGUCAUCCCCAGGUUAGCAAGCGACGCCGCUGCUCCAAACGCACAGCAGAAGCUGGAAGAGACGUGGACGCGCGCCGUGCAGGCGUAUGGCAAGCUGAACACGACGCACGUAUUCAAUAAGGACGCCUUUCUGCGAGAGUUGGCGGCGCUGCACGCGAGUUGUGUGGCGGAGAUGACGGCGCUGACACCGCGCGAGGAUGGUGCCCUCGCCCUGGAGGUGCUGCGCCGCAAGGCGGUCGAGAAGCGCAAUGCCUUUCUCAAAGAAGACGUGCUGCCGCUCGUGAAAAACAGUCCGUACCUCGGCUACGGUGACGCCGUGUGGCGCAUCUUCUUCGACAGCGUCAACGCGCACAGGGCGGAGCUCUUUUCUUCGACCGUUUCCCCCGGUCACGCCACGCUGGGGUUUGCUUGGGAUGCCCUCAUGAUGGAGGAUGCGGUGCGCACGCCGGCCAUGACGGCGCCCGUCGCCUUGUACCUGCUGCUAGCUGCGAUUUCAGAGAGCCACACGCGGGCGCCGCCGGAGCUGCGCGGUGCGUCGGCGCACUUAGAUGACGGCGUUGGCGGCGAUGACGUGCAGCGGCUUCCGGCCGACUCCAUGCGUCUAGUCAGUCCCGUGGCAAAGCGUACCUUUGCGGAGAAGGCGGUACGGGCGUUGCUGGAUCAGGCACAGGACUGCGGACGUCUGGCGAAGGCACUGCGGGCGGAGGGGCUCUACGACUGGGCACGCGAGGCGGCGCUGUGCGAGGCGAUGUUGGAUGACCAGCAGCUCCUGCAGGCGGACGUGGUAGACGCUGUGGAACGCUUCGACAGCACGGCAGAGGUGAAGUCGCUGCUGCACUCCCUCCUGAGCGGCCUCGACGACGCGGCCAAGGCGCACGUCCGACAUGUCUUUCAACUCACGGACGGCCGCAACGCCGGUAGGAAUCAGCCGUUGAUUGAUUGGGAUGCGGCGAUGGCCGCCGUCGACUGGACUACGCGGUGGCGCCAACACGCACGCGCGCUGCUGAGCGAUCCCGCCACCCUCGCCGCGACUCAGAAAAUCCUGAAGAAUGCGGUGGGUGCCAAGGGGGCGACGAAGCGGCUCUUCACGCAGGAGUACGCCGAUGAGCUGCAGGGUGUGCUGAACCGCCGCAGCGACCGCGCCACGGUGCGUAACGCCAAGGUGGGGCAGUUGGUGCGCCACCUCACCUCCUAUCAGCAGGUGGAUCGCACGCUGGGGGUGCUGCGCAAGGCGGGCGUGUCGCUGGACGAACUGGAGUCGGCGGCGACGGCCGUGGAGCGCCAACAACUCGUACGACGCCCACAGGUGGACAGCGGGGUGCUCGACUUACUCCUAGAUGCCAUUAGGCAGCGUCACCCGUCGUGGGGGUCGAGCGGGGUGCUGCUCCCCGCUGCUCCUGCCGUGGCGCAGGCCAACCCUGCGCUGUGGUACGUGGAGUGCAUGGCGCGCAUGUACAUCCGUCUGUGUUACGUCCCGCAGGCGGCGGCGGCCAGCAUGGCGCAGCGCACGCGCCGUCGCAUUGGCGCCGUCGGGCUCGCAACGACGCAGUUCAACGUGCCGGCGGAGAUGGGUGUGGUGGAGCAGUACGACAACCUGCAGUACAAGCGCUACGAUUGGCAGGGCUGGUACCAGCGCAUGGUGGACGUGCACAACCGCAACGUGUCGAUCCGCUGCCGCCUUGACGAGUUGAAGCGGCUCGACGCCUACGGCAACCCGUUUGUGGAGCUGCAAACGGAGCGGCGCCUGCGCAUUCUCGCGGGGGAUCGCGUCGGCAUGGGGGUGCUGAAGCUGGACAGCGACAAGUACGAGGACCAAUCGGACAACAUCACCUACGGCUCGACCAAGGUCUCCGAGCUGCUCGCCGACGCCCGCAAGGCACAGCUCGGCCGGGAGUACUGGCCGACAGUAGAGGUGAAGGUGCGGCGGCCGUCUGGGCAGAGCAAGACGUACUACUCCGUUUUGGAUGAUUCUCGUAUCGAGGCGAGGAGCAAGGAGUUGUACGAGAAGUACCGCGAGGCGAAGAAGCGCAGUCUGUUCGUCACACCGAUGGACAUGUGGCUGGAUGUGAAGGGUAUGCAGGUGCGCAAGACAGCCGACACGGCGGACGCGCAGGGCUACACGGUGGACACGUUGCAGGACGCGAUGGACGAACCGGCAAGGAAGGAGUAA